AUCGUUAAAUGAUUUUCAAAACUAACCGGAAUGUCAAAUAUUUGCAAACCAAAAAAGUGUAGCAUACUUUUUUGCGACUGUGGAAAAAACGCCCACGCGGCCUUCAAAAAAUGAAUUAAAAGAUUUUGUAGGUAUUUUGGCAGCAGCAGCAGCAACUACACGAAAAUACACAGCUCCUAUAUCCUGCUCGAAAAAUCAGGGAAAAACCUCACAAUUCUUAUCCUAAAAUCUAAAGAAAAUUGUGUUUUUAAUUCCUCAAAAUACCAGUGAAAAGUGAUCUAUAAAUAUGAAACAAAAUCCAUAAAGGACUCCAACGAAAAGGACACGUUAAGAGACUUUUUUUCGGCAAGCCUCGAAAGGCGUUGCCAAAUCUGAGGCUGAAAGGAUAAAACAACAAAACCACAACUAAAUCCGAAAUCAACUUUUAAUCACCAGGCACAGGAGACGAGAGAAAACCCCCAUAAAAGGACUAUAUAUCAACUUAAGAAUAAAUGAAAAAAAAAAUAUUAAUCAUACGCACCGUUUAAAAAGCACCAAGUGAAAAAAAAUAUUAAAACCAAAAAAAAAAAAAAACCUGAAAACCAAACCAAAAAUAAAGAACAAACAAAGGAUAAAAAAAUCCUCCAGAGAAGGAACAGCAUCAGUGGGAGCAUCAUCAGCACAAGAACAUUGUGCUGCAUAAAUAAUACACUCGACACACGCACACGGAUACCGAUACCGAUACGGUUACGGAUACGUAUACGCCAUAUAGGCCAGGACAUACCAGCAGGACUCCAGGCAGGACCCACACACGCAUGCAGGACAGGGACGCAGGGAGGCACUGGCACUGCUCCUGUUCUAUUAUUUAACUGCUUUCAACGUCAGCACAACGCCGUUCAACUCGACGAAAGUCGAUUGAAAGCCGCCUUCAACGCAGCCCAGCAUCCCUUGCUCUUUCCAGAGAGCGCGUUUAAGAGAGAGCGAGUCCUUUGUUUGCCCGAGUGUGUGUGUGUGUGUGUGUGUGAGUGUGCGACGUCAACGUCAAUCCGCUCAAUAUUUAUACAUUGAACCGAGGCUCCUGGCCCACAACGCAGACGCUCCUGGGGUCUCCUCCUCGCUGGGUUCCCAAAAUAAAUAACAUCUGACAGCUGCCCGAAUCCUGCUGAAUCCUGAAAGCACUUAACUGGCGCACUAGUAGGAUAAUACAAAAAAAAUAUAUAUACAACAAAUUAUCAACCAAACUGAACGCGAUCUUAAAACAAAAACAAAACAAUGGGUGCCAAGGAAAGUGUCGAGGCAGCCGCCAAAAUGAACGCCGAUGGCUGGGGGCAUGUGGAGCGAGGAAGUCGCUACCACGGCCAUCGGCACAACCAGCGAUCGCAGUCGCUGAAUCGCGGUCAGGCGCUCUCGCAGGCGGACGUGAGCGGCAUGUGGUGA